CGGGUGCUGCGGGUCGCCCCUGGACAUCGUCGAUAUGUUUUUCGGCGGCGGCGGGAGGAUGCAGAGAGAGAGGCGAGGCAAAAACGUGGUGCAUCAGUUGUCAGUAAGUUUAGAAGAUAUGUACAAUGGUGCCACCAGGAAGCUCGCACUGCAGAAGAAUGUUAUCUGUGACAAAUGUGAAGGUCGUGGUGGCAAGAAAGGUGCAGUAGAAUGCUGUCCUAACUGCAGAGGAACAGGCAUGCAGAUCAGAAUCCACCAGAUUGGGCCAGGAAUGGUGCAGCAAAUCCAGUCGGUGUGUAUGGAGUGUCAGGGCCACGGGGAGCGUAUCAGCCCCAAGGACAGGUGUAAGAGCUGCACUGGCAGGAAAAUUGUCAGAGAGAAGAAGAUACUAGAAGUACACAUUGACAAAGGAAUGAAGGAUGGUCAGAAGAUAACAUUCCAUGGUGAAGGGGACCAAGAGCCAGGACUAGAGCCUGGUGACAUUAUUAUUGUCUUGGAUCAAAAAGACCACUCUACAUUUACAAGACGAGAUGAAGACCUUCUCAUGUCUAUGGAUAUUCAGCUGGUUGAAGCACUGUGUGGUUUCCAAAAGCCCAUCACAACGCUGGAUAAUAGAACUAUUAUUAUUACCUCCCAUCCUGGCCAGGUUGUCAAGCAUGGUGCUAUUAAGUGUGUGCUGAAUGAAGGUAUGCCAAUUUAUCGCAGACCGUAUGAGAGAGGACGCCUCAUCAUAGAAUUCAGGGUGAACUUCCCAGAGAGUGGCUUCCUCUCCUCAGAUAAGCUGUCUUUACUUGAAAAACUGCUACCCACAAGGCAGGAAAUAGAAGAAACUGAGGAAAUGGAGCAAGUGGAUUUAGUGGACUUUGAUCCAUCUCAAAAAAGAAGACACCACUAUAAUGGAGAAGUCUUUGAAGAUGAUGAGCAUCACCCAAGAGGUGGUGUUCAAUGCCAGACAUCAUAAAUGGGCCAGUGAAUAACUUGUGAUGCUUGUUUUGUAUGCAUUAGGGGAUAAGUGAAGAACUACAAGCAGUUCACCCUCACUUCUUGCUGUUUGUUGUUCUAUCCAGCCAUAGUUGUUUCUAAAAGCAUAAAAAAAUAAACUAAGUGAUUAAACUGA